GCAGCACAUACAUGCUUUGCCAUCACUAAUCCGCCUGAUUCCCAUUCCCCAGCUGCUCUAUCUGCCUCAGAACAAAUGCCAGAACGCUGCUGCUGACAGGAGAUGACAAUGUUUACGUUAUGAGAAACCUGUGGUCAGAAGUGGACAUUUAGACCCAGAAGUGAAGGAACAGCCCAUCAAUGGCCAACCCCACCCCUCUGCUUGAUGUACUGUAAUACAGAGGAGAGUGGACCAGAGUUACUGUAGCAAACUGCCAUGGAAGAAACUCAGCCCAAACCUGCUACCCCAGAGCCCAGCCCGGUACAUACUCCUGCACCAAGUCCAGCCCCCAGUCCAGCACCCAGCCCACUGCUGGACAGGAUCCCGCUGCCUUCACCAAACCAUGUGGAGCACCUGAGUGUGAACCAGAUCCAGGUGGUGGUACGACGCUGCUCCAGUCCAAAUGUCACAGAGGAGACCACAUAUUUUAUUCCUCGAAACCCUGUUGUGGACGCUGGCACCAACACAGACCCCCCUGUGGUCUGCUGCCCCCUGCUCCAGAGAUUUUGCCCGUGUCCACCAAGAGGCCUUCUGGCCUCUCUUAUUACUAAAGUCCUUUUGGCUGGUGUACUCUUUGGAGUGGUGUGGUCCAUCACAGAAGAUGAAUGUCUUCCAGGGGGCAAUCUGUUUGGCAUCACAAUUCUCUUCAUCUGUGCACUCAUUGGUGGGAAAGUGGUGGCUCUUAUCCGUCUGCCAAAACUACCUCCAUUCCCCCCACUCCUGGGUAUGCUGCUGAUGGGCUUCAUGCUGAGAAACAUCCCAGUAAUAACAGAUGGGGUGUACAUUGACUUCAGAUGGUCCGCGUCUCUGAGGAACAUUGCUCUGGCUGUUAUACUGGUCAGAGCGGGUUUAGGGUUGGAUCCUACGGCUCUGAAGAAACUUAAAACAGUGUGUUUACGUGUGGCUGUUGGGCCUUGCAUCAUAGAGGCAUGCACUGCAGCACUGGUGUCUCACUUCCUCAUGGGCCUGCCCUGGGUGUGGGGCUUCAUUCUCGGCUUUGUCCUCGGUGCCGUGUCACCAGCAGUCGUGGUUCCUUCCAUGCUGCUGCUGCAGAAGGAUGGUUAUGGCGUGGAGGAGGGCAUCCCCACCCUGCUGAUGGCGGCUGGAAGCUUUGACGACAUUCUGGCCAUUACAGGGUUCACCACAUGCUUGGGCAUGGCCUUUGCCUCAGGCUCUACUUGGUACAACCUCCUGAGAGGUGUUCUGGAGGUGGCUGGUGGGAUGGUUGCUGGGAUUCUUCUUGGUUUCCUCAUCCAAUACUUUCCCAGUGUUGACCAGAAACAUGUAGUAAUGAAGCGAUCCUUCUUGGUGCUGGGCCUAUCCGUCUUUGCCGUGUUUGGCAGCGCAGUUGCUGGGUUCCCCGGCUCUGGAGGGCUCUGCACCCUGGUGCUUGCAUUCCUGGCUGGCCUCGGCUGGGGUGGAGGAAAGGCCCGUGUGGAGGAGGUGGUGGGGUGGGCAUGGGACGUUUUUCAGCCUCUACUCUUUGGACUGAUAGGAGCCGAGAUCAGAGUCUCUGCUUUGGAGGGACACACAGUUGGUCUGGGUAUAGCCUCUCUGCUCAUCGCCCUGCUGGUCCGAGUCCUCUUCACUUUUGUCUGUGUGUUGUGUGCUGGCUUUAAUUUGAAGGAAAAGAUGUUCAUAGCUCUGGCAUGGAUGCCCAAAGCCACAGUGCAGGCAGCUAUAGGCUCCACAGCCCUGGACCAGGCCAGGGCGAGGAACGACGAUCAGCUGCAGAAGUACGGCAUGGAUGUGCUGACUGUGGCUGUGCUGGCCAUUCUUCUCACAGCUCCUGUUGGAGCUCUUAUCAUAGGGCUCACUGGACCCCGCCUGCUACAAAAACCAAAGAACUCAUCCUGUGGUGAGCGAGUCAAACCCAAUUUAUCAGCUUUUUUCUUAGGCAGUGCAGCAGGAGCUGAAGACGAUAACGAAACUCCCGUCACCUAUGAGAGUACGCUUUGACAUGACCCGUCUUCAUACAACAAACAAGGACAUUUUAAAAGAUACCCAGUGUGCGUUCACACCUCAGGCAUUUGCUCUUUAGCCACCAAGUGGCUUUCUUUGUCUGUUUGUCAGUCAGCUCUUAUUGUUUGUCAUAAUGCAGGAACACAUGAAUCUCUCUAUUUAUAGCUGGGAGGGGUUUUUUCAAGCCUCGGGCUCCAAAUGACCCACAACCCACAGCUGCCCGGUCAAAUGAAUGUUUCAUCUAUUAUUGAGUGUGCAGCAUGAGUAGAGUUUACUUUUUCAAAUGUUAAUGUUGCUCCUGUCUGUCACUGUCAGUGAAUCCACUACUUUUGACUAAAUUACUGUAAACCAUUUGCUGUACGUGGACUUGAAGGUUAAAUCGCUGUAGCAACGUGUUCUUGUUUGAAGUUAGACACAUGCAUUUUUUAGGUGUUUUGCACUGAGGGCAAGAUUUUAAUGGCUUUGUGUCGGAGUGGUUUUCAUGAACUAUGUAUUAGCGUUGUGUCUUGGUAUUGAAAAGGGUUUAUGUAGUUUACAAAUACUCAGGAAAUGAAAAACAUAAUAGCAAUAUUUUCUCUUAGCUUUACAUACAAUGCUGCUCUGGCUACUAUCAUCUUCUACAUUUAUAUCUGCUGUUAUUAAGAAUGUUCAAAAUCAAUCAGGUCUUUUAAAUCAUCUAAUUAAACCCAUCUUUUUCUUAGUUUAAUUACACUGUAGGGAUUUCAUGUUUGUUAUAUUCGAUUUUUUUAUUACAGCAGUAUGCAGUGUGAGUUAUUUUUUGAUUUUUGAGUCCAUUUAAAAUUAUCUUUUUAUAUUGACUAUUUAUAUUAGAUUAAAUUGAUUGAGCUUUAGUUUUUUAUCAAAUGUUCCUAAAAAUAAAAGAUGA